CUGGAAUAUCACUCUUCUCCCCGGGUUAUCCAUCAAUGCACCUGUCGAUUGCAGGGGGAUCAACGGUGAAGAUGAGCUCUGUCAGCUCUCAGAAAACAUUCAUUGGCCAGGAAGCGUCCCGCCUGGCCGCUGCGUAGUCAGAAUGCGCCAUUGGCCAAUGAUAGACCGACGAGGUAUGCCAAUUCUGUAACGAUCCUACAGGAUGCAACCGCGCAACCCCGCCUUGCAUUUCAACUGCGACCUCUAACCAUCGUUGACUGUGAAUCUGAAGCGGGAUACAUGUGAUAUCCAUAGAAUUUCAUAUUCUGGGAGAAGUGUCGAAUUUCUUUAUUUCUUUUGCCUUGACCGUUGCCUAGCAAGUGACUGGAGGCAUCGUCGUAUCAGCUCGUAAAGGAUAUAUUGCAGUAUCGGCUCAGCGCUCGUAUGGAUCAUGGCAAUAUUUGAUAUUGAGGCAUGGCCUAUAAAUUUAACCACCAUCACCGUUAGCUUGUUGACACUGGCCUUUGUGCUUCGCUACACGUCAGGAAAAAAGCUGCAUCCAAGCGAACCAACGGUGGUUCAGCCAUGGGUUCCUCUUAUAGGUCAUUUAUUGGGCAUGGCGACGCAAGGCGGCCGCUACAUCAAGCGUCUUGGAUUGUCUUACUCUGAUGAGCCAAUUCUGACUCUGCCCGUCCCAGGAUCUCGAAUAUAUGUGGUUACGGAGCCGUCAUUGGCCGCUAGCGUUCAGCGUAAUACCAAGGCAUUAUCAAUGUCGCCUCUGCUGCCGGAGAUAACCAAGCGGGUUCUAGGACUCGAUGAGAAAACAUGUCGCGUAAUUGGACAAAAUCUGGAUCCGGAACCGGGGGAGCCCCGGGGGUUCUUUGCCGACAUCCAUGAUUGGGUGUAUUCUUCCUUUGGGCCUGGUGAAUAUGUGAAUACAUUAAGCUGUGAGGCGGCGCAGGAGUUAUGCUACCAGUUGCUUCAAGAGAUUAAAGCCUCUAAUGACGCUGGCCAUGUCUCUAAGCCCGUCGAUCUUUUGGCCUGGAUUCGUCAUAUGGUCACCGUGGGUACAGGAAAGUUUCUCUUUGGACCGAACAAUCCUAUUUCGGAAGAGCCAGACUUGGAGCAUGAUUUCUGGGCAUUCGACCACGGCCUUGGCGGACUGCUUAUCGGGAUCUUGCCAUCUCUCACGGCUCCUAAAGCAUACAAAGGCCGAGAGAGGUUAACGGCGGGGUUCCGCAAGUAUUUGGAAGCCGGCCAUUUGGAUUCAGCAUCGUUGAUUGUGAAAGGUAGAGCGCGGAUCGAGAAGGAAUAUGGCAUGGAUAUAGAUAUGACAGCUCGGUCGGCUUUGUCGUUCCUUUUUGCUGGUAUUGUAAAUGCGACGACUACAACUUUUUGGGUGGUAUUGAGAAUUUUCGCGGAUCAACAACUCCUUAACCAAGUGCGACAGGAAAUUCGUCAGGCGCUAAAACUCAGCAGCCAGCGCUCUGGACCAGAUUCAUUGAGCAUUGGAGUGGUCAAAGAAACGUGCAAAACGCUAUUUGCCGUUUAUAGGGAGAGUCUGCGCGUCGGGUCUGAGAAUUUCUCUGUUCGGUUGAUCAAAGAGGACACGAUGCUGGCCGACCGGUACUUUUUGAAGAAAGGUGCCGUUGUUCAGAUAUCUGGCGGAGCUAUUCAUGCCAGGAGCACCAUCUGGGGCCAAGACGUAGACGAGUUCAACCCUGGCAGAUUUCUCAAAGAGAAGGGCAAAAGCGAUGGCUUUCACCCAGCAGCGUUUCGGGGAUUCGGUGGUGGCAAGACUUUGUGUCCUGGCCGUGACUUUGCCACCAAUGAGAUUUUGCUAUUUGCUGCUAUGAUCAUUCAUGCGGUUGAAAUCGUUGCUCCUGAUGGAGGUACCGUCGCUGUUCCCGAGAAAGACGACCGGAUAAUGCCGGUUCACAUUCUCGAGCCGGUGACGAACCCCAAAGUCAUCAUCAAGCCGAGAGUAGAUGAUGCAGAGAUACUGAGCCAACUCAAAGCUGUGAUGUAAAAGCAAUACUCAGCAGCUAAUCAUGAGACUGUGCGUGUUUGGGCAAAGAGGGUUUCUGGUGUUGUUCGAUACUUAGGGGGGGUGUCUAAUAUCGCGAUGUUUGUAGUUUUGCUGUAAGAUUCUUUGAGAAAUUCUUUGAGAAAUGCCUCAAGUAUGUGAAUUCCGUUAACGGCAUGAUUUUAACAGUGAAAAGGAG